AUGUGGGGAGGAGGGGGGAAUGGUGCCCACAAGGCGCUUGCGUUUAAGAUUGGUUCUGCCCAAAUAAAGAGGCUCGACGCAUUGGGCGAGCGGCGUGACACGAUACUCACAGAUGCCAGCAGACGAUGGGUUCAAAAGAAUUGUUUCCAAACGACCUCGUGGCUGCACUCGCAGAAAGCGAAAGCACAUCCCGAGUUGAUGCUGUAUGACUAUAUCCCCGUCACAGAGGAAGAACACUUCCAAUUCGUCAACGAAAUGGUCCCCAACAUCACCGUUACUUGCGACAGUGUAACCACCCUUCCUUUGGAGAGGGACGAUGGAUUUUUCCAGCCCCUCCGAAGGUGGAUUUCUACGCCAAAGAUUCGCGAUGGCGUUCAAUACCACAGGUUGGACAUUUUCUGCCUAUUCCCUCGCAGGACCGAGGUGUCUACUCUGUUGCACGCCCGACCAUCAUCACUAGCGGUAGACUCAGCACGCGACACGGCUAUAGAGGGACUGAAAUUGACGGUUCGCCUUCUCACGGAAGUUCUGGAAGGACUCCCAGUCCCUGUGAAAGGGGUUUUCGCCGGGCUGAGAUUUAUUAUUGACACGGUGGAGAAGUGUGAUUCCAACUUUGGUGAACUAGCAGCACUCCAGCGCCAUUGCGAACAGCUGCAUGAAAGUAUCCAGUUUGCAUUGACUGGAAUCGACAAGUCGGAAGCAGCGCGCCUACCCAAGCCUCUGGUUAAUGGCCUGACACGUUUAUUCGAAGAAAUAGAGAGUGGUCUAGAUCAGAUAUCGCUGAUUCGGAAUAUGGGCAAAGUCAAGAGGGCGCUGGGGGUUGCAGCUAUCACCCAAGCCUUGAAAGACUCCAAUCGUGCCAUUCAGGAUGCUUUGUCUAUCUUCCAGCUACGCCUUGGUAUAUCCCAAAGCAUCCUUCUCCAACGCAUGGAAUAUGAAGGCCGACAGACGCGGUUGAUUUCGCACAUGGCACCUGGCGCGGUGUACAAUGGACUGGACUCUCAUCAGACGGAAGAGCUUGCGGAAUGCGCCAAAGGCACCCGUGUCCACCUCCUGAGCGACCUUUUGAAGCUGUCGCAAAAUUGGUCGGGCACCUCGUGCAAGCUGGCAUGCUUGACGGGUGCAGCUGGUGGGGGGAAGACUGCGCUCAUGCGCACCGCAGCCAAGCAAGCCCACGAGCAUGGGCUUCUCGCAGCUAGUUUCUUCUUUUGGGACAGUUCGCCUGAUCGAAACAACUACAACAAACUCGUGGCAACCCUGGCCUAUGGCCUCAUCGCGAACAUCCCAGCGCUCCGCCCGUUCAUCCUGGAUGCAUUUGCGAGGGACCCGACCGUCGUUUCGCUGCAGGAGGCGAUCCGACGCAACGUUCCGACCGACGACUGGGGUCGUCUCAUCAGCAUCGACGGCCUCGACGAGUGCAAGCGCGAAGACCAGAACAAGCAACGGGAGAUUCUGAAGACCAUCGACAAGGUCUUCUUCGCUCGUGGGGUGAAGUUUCCCUUCCUCAUCGCUCUUUCCAGUCGCCCAGAGGCCCCAGUCCGCGAGGCAUUGGAGUCCCUCUUCACCGGCCAUCUAAUUCACAUCGACCUGAACGACGAGAAGUACCAAGCAUCAGCCGACAUUCUUGAAUACUUCAGACAGGAAUUUGAGAAGAUACGCACGCUUCACAAAUUACCAAACGCCGAUUGGCCUUGCUCGACGGAACUCCAAUCCCUCGUCGCCAACGCAUCCGGCCAGUUCAUCUACGCUGCGACCGUCAUCAAGUUCAUAGCUAAAGGGCGGAUGAGGCUCGACGAACGGUUGAAGAUGGUGCUUCUCCUUGGCAAUGACUCAACGAUCGCGCAGAACCCUUUACAGCUCCUCGACCAGCUCUACAAGAAGAUCCUUCAGCUCGCCCAGAACAAGUACGCUGAGACUGCUAACGAGGUCGUCGACCACCUCGCUGUUGUCAAGAUGGUUCGUUAUAUCGCUCUGGCGAAGAAGGAACGGUUAUUGUCGGAUGAUAGGAAGGUGGAGGAGUGGAGGGUGGAGGAUCAAGAACUGGCGGUGACGAAACUUGAAUGGCCCACUCAACAGGCGGCGUUCAAGAAGUUCCUCGAUGUCAAGGAAGAGACCCUACACGCGACGUUCUACGACAUCCACUCGCUUGUCGAUACCAAGACCUGGGCGUUUUACCACCGCACCCUGACUGAUUUUCUGUCGGAUAAGAACCGGUGCGAAGAACAUUUCGUGUCCCCGGAGUCGAUACGCCGAAGCUUGGUUCUAUGCGCUUUACGCGUUCUUCGGGAUCCUCCCAGUCAGCUAUCUGGAGACGGCGACUUUAAAGUACGGGAAUAUACUCUGGUCAUCGGGAAGACCAUUAUCAAGGACGCAAUCCAUACUCUUCCUGUAGACUCUGAUGUUAUCGACGCGAUGGGAAGGUUGCUUGGGGUGCUGGAACGACACAGAUGCGACAACUGUCAUCACACGGGCAGUAGAGAAAAGCACGUGGGAAUUAUCCAGGAAUUCCAGAAGGCGUUGAAAGAGGCGGAGGUUGGCAAGGUUUUGCCCAGUGGCGUAGUUGGAAUGUGGACUACAGGGAUUGAUGAUAUUGUCGGACAUGUGGGAGCACAGGGGUCUGCGGUACUCGCUGGCGGCUCGUGGAACUAG